UUUGCAAUGCAUAUGUACUUCGUCAGCUUACACCAGGUGCUGCCGUUUAUCCUGGUGGGGAUCGGGGUGGAUGUAUCACAGGAAAAAAGUGUUACAGUUGCGCAUUUGUUGGAAUUUCAGCGUCACAAAGUUGCUCCGCAUGGCAAAGAAAACUUGUAAUGCGCAGACAUUAAGAGAAAACACAAACGAAAUGACGCUGGCAAGCAUUUCCUGCAAGACAGAGGCUGUCUGUCUUGCUUGUCUUGCAUCAGACGAGUGGGUAACUGUGACGCUUUUUUCUCACGAUAGGAUGACAUGUUUAUCCUGGUGAACGCUUUCGACAGUUUAUCAAAAGGAAAAAUCCCCCCUCCCCAUACUCAAACCACAAAUUUGUGAUGCAGAUUUGUGGUCACAAAUCAGCUUCGUCAUGCUAGAAGGGAAAAGAUGCGGACUGUAGUGCGGGUUGCCGUGCGAAAGCCUUGCAUCUUCAGCAUGACAGGGGGCAGCUGGAAGUCGGAAACAGCAUGACAAAUUGCCUGCAAACGAGGCCACAGCUGCGUCUCUUGGCCUUCUAGCAUUACAAGUCGAUUUGUGUACUCAAAUACAGCAUCACAAAUUUCGUUUCCGAUAUGGGGAGGGGGGAUUUUUCCUUUUGAUACAGUUUCCCGGACCUCCCCCCAAAGGAACGAGCCAGAAAGGCGCUGGAGAAGUGCGGCAUGACCGUCACCCUCACCAGUUUGACAAACGUGGUGGUCUUUCUGUUCGGAGCCACGUUCAGCUACCCCGCUGUGCAGUAUUUCUGCAUCUACGCCGCCAUGGCCAUCUUUUUCAACUACGUGCUGCAGUGCACGCUUUUCACGGCCUUUCUGGUGAAGGACCUGCAACGCCAAGAGAAACGGUUGCAGGACGGCAUG